AUGUAUAGGUCUCGAGGAACUGCCCCUCAAAAGCGCGGCAUCCUCAGUGCCUUGAAGGCAACUGAGAUGUUAGAUUCGAAGCCGACUCUCCCAGCAGAAAUCCUCGUCGCUAUCCUGGAUUACCUCCCCGUCUCCGAUCUCAUGCAGGUCGCCCGAGCGUCUCGUCGCAUGCAGGAAAUGGUCUACGAUGAUACCAGAUGGGUGGCAAGACUAAAGAGCAUGGGAUGUUGGGAUGAGGCUGAGGCCAGGCGACGGUUCGAGGAGGCGAUGCGGAGGAGGCGGGAGGCUGCGGAACGAUCUGCGAACGGCGCUGCCGGCAGCCGGCCUGGCGUGCCCGGGAACCACACGGCCCCGAAACCCACGAGCACGACUUUGUUCGAUGCCACAGUUGAGGAAGAACGGCAGAAGCGCCACUCAGUUGCUCCACCCAUUGACGGGUUUGAGAGAAUGACGGUGGGAGCACCGGCGGCUAAGGAUCCAUUCAAGGAUCCCGAGGCAUUGCUUGACGUGAUCAAAAACUCGCGAAGCGUAAGAGGCCACGCAAGAGAAGAGUAUGGCAAAAUCUACGGUGCUCUUGCGCCUUUCUAUUUUGAUUUAGCGAGAGCGAAGAGCCACACGGAUCCCAUCGUCUUUCAAGUGUUUAGAGACCCCGAGCGACAAGCCAAAAUGCUUUCAAAUCUACAGGUUUUUGCCAAAAGCGACUGGGCACAGGGUUGGAAUCAGCGGGAGGAACGACUAAUGACUAUGACUGGCAUUUUUGAGAGCGCGGUGCUACGGGAGUUUGAGCAGGGUUACGAAUUCUGGGACGUUGACGGCCGGAUGAAGCGGUACGCACAUGUUCUGCAUACACUAAAUGGCGGCAACGCAGGGACAGAUCUGUUUAUACAGAAGCAUCCCAUUUUCAGCGACCGCGAUAUUCUGGCAGCGAAUUCAGUGGACUGCGUCAGUCGGAUUGGCCCCGAUGAGAUCAACCUGGAACCGUCGCGAUUAUUUUUCGAGAUGCUUUUACGGAAGGUCAACGAGCAGGCUGAUGUUAUAGUACGCAUAUUCGCCAACCCCGAAGUCGUCUUUUGGGAGUUCAUGGAUAAGGUCAGAGAGGACAUCAUUAUGGACUACAUCACACCUCUACUCGAUGCGACGCAUGACAGAAAUCUGCAGUCGUAUUUGAAAGCUAUCGCGGGACUCUUUGAGCAGUGUAUGCUCUUCUUCAAGUCUUUGACGCUGCCAAAGAUGUCCAAGAGCAGCCUCGAGGAGAAGACGAAAGAGAUGAUGCUGAGAGUAUUUGAACCGCACCUUGACCUAUAUUUGCAGGAGGAGCUCGACUUUUUUACAAAGCACGCCGAGACCCAGGUCGCAGAGUGGGAGAAGAAGCUUUCUGAGCAAGAUGCUUCGGUUGAAUCGUUCUAUAUGGGCAACUUCAACAGGCAGGCGGACAAAAAGGAUUUUUUGAGUUCCUUUAAAAAGGUGGUUAUGAUGCCCGUUACGGCUUUGCCCUCCUUUGGGAGUACAAGUACUCCUAAGCCCACAACACCGAAUGGCACGUCUGCCCUCUCACCUCAGCCAUCUAGACCGCAUACACCCAGCCUGGCACCAAAUGUAGAUGGGAGCGGACGACUUAGCCCUCUCCCGGAAAAGGCCCCGACUGAUGAGCUAGCAGCCAAAGCUGCUCUUAUGGCAUCACGAAUGGAGGGCAUCAAAACGCUCUUCAGUAUCGAAGUGGCGCUUAACUUGACACAUGCUGCCAAAACAAGUAUGGGGCGCGCAUCAAUGUUUAUACAAUUGGGAGGUCAAUACGGCGAAGAAGCUCGAGAACAAUGCGAAACCAUUUUUGUGGUACUUCUUCGCAUUCUCGGCAACAGGCACGUCAAGGUUGGAUUUGACAAGGCUGUCGAGCACCUUUCUCACUACAAUCCGAGAGAAGUUAGCGACCAUAACCAAUCCGGCGUUGCGCCUUUGGUAACCUUCAUCGAGCUGGUUAACGUGGGUGACCUUAUCUCGCAAAUGAUCGACGUGUUCUACGAGCAGCAGCUUGCCGGACCGAAAAUCGCGGACCGGAACGACUUUCUGGAUCCGGCGGGCAUCGCAAAGAAGAAGUGGGAGCAAAUGCUUGAUGAGAGCGUUGCAGCCGGCUUAAACAAGGGCAUUGACGUGCUCAUGGACGAGGUCGAAUACCUCCAUGGCACAACACAGCAACCGACAGACUAUAACCCCUCGGAGACAGGCGGCAUUCUCGCGGACCCAGGGCCAACGCAGACGGCACUGCGUAUCAAAGAGCUCGUCUCAUCGCACACACGUAUGUUGGUCGGUACCACAGAGAAAUCAAUGCUUGAUGUAUUCAACGGCGAGGUGGGACUACGGUUGUUCACCGCCGUAUGCAAGCACCUCAAGCGCCAGCGUGUCAGUACCGAGGGCGCGAUAAAGCUCAUUGCCGACAUGAAUCUAUACUUUGAAUACAUUCGCACUCUCAAGAACCCGGAUUUGCUGGCUUAUUUCAAGGCGCUGCGCGAACUGAGCCAAAUUUAUCUUAUUGACCCCCGGCACGCUAAGGAGAUGGCCACCAUCAUUGCUGAUGGCGACCGUUUCGAAGGCGUGUUCCGUGCCGAAGAGGCGUACGAGUUCGCUCAGCGUCGAGCGGACUGGUACCAGGUCAGGAAAGACGUGGAAAGAGCCAUGUAUGGAAUGGAGUGCUCCCUCAUGUAG